UCCUUCCCCUCUUUCUCAAAAACAAAACAAAAAAAUUACAAUACAAGAUAUCAAAUAUGUUUGUUUCUUCACUCAAACUUUUUUUACUCCUAAAUUAAUUUACUAUAAUCUCCUUCACAAAAAUAAACUUCAAUCUAAUCCCACAUCUUCACAAAGUUGAAACCUCCAUACAAGCAUUAAGAAUAAGAAGGUGAAAGAAACAUCAGGGUAAUCCUCUAAAGAAAGGAAAUAAGAAAAGGAAAAGGAAUUCUUUCGAGCAAGAUCGUAAUAACCUAUGAGGUACGGAUGGUGCGUAGAAAGAAGAUAUAGAGAAAACAACAAGAAGACUCCUGUUACAGACAUAUGUGCAACAUCUCACAACAACAUGAACCAAAAGGGACGAAAAGCACAGACAAACAACCCAAAGAAGAAUGACAAUACGAAGAAAACAAAGGUACAGCAACCCCAACACCGAUUUGAUGUAGAAAGGUACACAUUUUAGGGACAUGAUCUAGGAAAAAGUUGUAAGAGAAAGAUUAAGAUGGCUGUCGACUGAUCGACAUCAAAGAGAAUAGUUUCGAGAUUUUUGAUGUCAUGACGAGUGUUUUCUUGGCCAUGUGCACGACUUAGAUCACUCUGCCUUCAUUGGUAUUCAAGUAUCGGAUGAUGUUGACGGUUUGAUGAUAUUGCACAACAUUAAUACAGCUG